AUGCUGCACUCCAUUUACGAUCUCACCACAUUCUGCAGGAAGACUACUGGCGAUGUCCCUGCUAAACUUGUUGGCGCAUCAACGACCGUCGUGGGCUCCAAAAUGUAUCUCUUUGGUGGAAGAUUGGUAACGGAACGUAGGAUGGUAUCCGACCUCUAUGUUUUUGAUUUGGAGACCUUCGUUUGGGAGCAAAUCCCCAUGUAUCCGGACGACGAUGUCCCAAGAGCGCGAUAUUUCCAUAGUGCAGAUACAUGGAAUAAUCACCUCGUUGUCUUCGGUGGUAUGAGCAAUCAGCUCGAUUCCUCAAAUCCCGAUGAGCUGUGUGUUCUUAACGAUGUACGGCUCUACAAUCUCUCUACGAGACGGUGGUUACCGUCUCCUCCCCCACCCCCUGAACCCGACCCGCUACUCCCUCGUGCUCGUUAUGCCCACCUUUCUUCAGUAACGGCAGAUCGCCUAUUUGUCAUCGGAGGCCAGGACUUCUACAAUACGUGGUUGGAUGAUGUAUGUGUAUUCGAUCUCGUUACCAAGACCUGGGUGCAGAAACGCGACUAUCCAAGACAUUGCGGCACCUAUCGAAGUGUAGCCGUAUCUUCAAAUACUACCGUUCGAUUCCCUCAGGAAGAAAUGCAAGCUUCUCUCUCAUCUUCUUUGGAGGCCUCUGGAAGAAGAUUCAAACCGUCUAAAAGUACUGCAAGUCCAUCCGACGAUGUGACCCCUCCUGAAGCCAUGACACAUCUCGCUUAUUCCGUUGAACCCACUGAAGAUCAUCCCAGUGAUAUUUACCUCUACAGCAACUAUAACUUUACCGACGUUAAGCGAGAGCUUGAGGUUUUUUCACCCCUCCCAGAUACGGACUUUACAAUCCAAGACCGGUCUUCUUCCAUGACAGGAACUACUAGUCCACCGGGUCUUCGAUUCCCUACUGGCGCUAUUCUCGGUACACAUCUUAUUAUUGCAGGGACGUACCUUGCCCAUAGUUACCAGUCGUUCUCUAUCUGGGUUCUCGACUUGACCUCUAUGACCUGGUCGCGUAUAGAUCCUGGGAAAGCCAUUGAAACCGGUUCUUGGUUCCGAGGAUGCUUGUGGGCGGAUGCUAACAAAUUUCUAAUAUUUGGGAAUCGACAUGGCAAUCUUGUAGAUGACUACAACCGACGAUUGUUGAGCUGGGAUCACGUCGCAGUUGUUGACCUAGAAGCCUUCGGAAUAUAUCAGCCUCCUCCACUCAAACUGGACGUUAGAAUGCAGGAGCUGGGCCUCGCAGCUCUAGAAGAGCGAGUGCUGACAGAUUUUGAAGUCGUCUGUGACGACGGCGUCAGAAUACCGUGCUCAAGACGCAUCCUGGAAGAUCGUUGGCCAUGGUUCAAAGAACAACGAAAGCAGUUUUUGCGAAAGGCAACAACAACACUGGAAUCGCUCCCAACAUCAUCGAUGCAUCUCCCUCUACCCGAGGUCGCAGGUGAUGGAGUGCUGGAUGAACCACGCGUUGACCCACGGCUGACGCCUCGAGCGUUCCAUCUCUCGGAACCAUAUGCCGUUACAAUGGCAUUGCUACAAUAUUUUUACUCUCUCGCAUUGAUUACUCCGCUACAGCAUACACCAGCAGUGCUGAGUCAACUAUUAAUUCUGGCUACUAAUUACCGGAUACCACAUCUGGAAUCACUUGUAAAACAUGCCAUGCACCGGUCAUUGUCGAACUCGACUUCUGUGGGGGUUUAUGAAGUGGCAACUUUAUGCAGCUGUAGGAGUCUCCAAAUUCGAGCUUUAAAGACUGUUAUGUCGUACACACAAAAGCGACCAUCAAGACGAACUGAAAAAGAAAACGGGGGAAGUAGCCGACCGUCUGAUAGCGGCGGCGAUGGUGGUAAUGGCUCGUCUAGUAAAUACGUAUCCCGGCCACGGGGCACUUCAGAUGCCAAGUGGUCCACCAUAGCCGACAGAGGAGGGGGCAGCAGUAGUUCAUAUAAUACUAUGCAAGAACUGCCAACCAAUGAACAAGCGCCGUCCACGAUCGUGGUAAACAUGAAUGUCAAUGUUGGCACUUCCCCGGCCGAUCUGCAACCCUUACGACACCAUUCUUCCCGCCCAAGGCUAUCAUCCGUCGCCGACGCCACUUCUACCGCUCCGGGUCAUCAUCACAGACCCUCCGUCAGCUAUAUAAAUAGAUCUUCUUCCCUUCCCAACGAAGCUUCUUCACCCCUAACUCCCAAGACAUCUUCGAACAGCAUUGGUCGUUCCUACAUCGAUUACCAAAAUUCAGCAACUUCAGACAGUGAUGCGAACAACACCACCGAUGACGAAUAUCAUAUCAACCGGAAAAGCAGCACUCCCAAACUUCAUGGCAUGACCCCAGUCGUCUGGCCAAAAAAGGCGCCUAACGUUCGCUGGAUUGCACCAGCUGAGCUUAAUGGCCAGACAGCGCCACCGCCACACUUCGAACCUGCGCCUAACUCACAACUAUCAAUCUCUACAUCCUCUGUUUCCAACACAGCGUCGCCUUCUAGUACAACGUCCACCAGCUCUGCAUUUGCGAGAUUUUUGGGCCACCACGAAAUCACAAGGAAAAAAUCGCAGACCGACGACUCGCAGGUACCGAACGCGUUCAGUACCGGUCAGCGAUCUCAAUCGGCGCUUGAUCAGCUCAAAAGCCAAAUUUUAGAAAUGGAAGAAGAACGGAAGCGCUCCAAAAAGGAGUCACAUAUCCAUGCUCUUGUCGACCAAGCAGGAAAACCUCUUACACUUUCGGGGGCGAUGACUAUGUAA